AGGUGAACGCCAGCCAACGUUCAGUUGAAAAAUAGCAUUCGAUUUAAGUGCACGUACAUUUCGACCGGUCGCACUGAAGAAGAAGAGAAGAAUAAAAAUAUAACUCACCCACAAAAACCGAAGCUGAAACAGCACGUAAUGGGGUCCAAUCAUUAGAUAAAGACAAACAUAGUGUUGAGGAUAAAAAAAAGUUGUGCAUGAAAAAAAAGAGUGUCGAAAACGAAAGAAGCCGAAGCGGAAAAAAGAAUGAAUACGAAACCAUAAACUUAAGUGAAUAAAGUACAAACGCACAUAUUACACGAGUUUCAAUAUCAAUCAAAGAGGCAUUCAAAUGGAUAUUGUACAGUGUUGAAAUUGGUCUUGUGUGAUCACAGUGGAAAAACUGAAGAAAAAAAAUCAUUCGAUCGCACGAAGUAAAGACUUUGUAGAGAACAGAAGAAAGAAAGAAAAAAACUGUAAAAAAAAGAAAAUACCUGCCAAUUGUGCCAAUUAGAGAGAAUAAAACAGAUCGAGAUGUUACUAAAAUUGUUGUCGAUUUAGUAAUCAUUAAAUGUGUAUCGCGUUUCAAUUUAUAAGCUAAUAAAUUAUAUCGGCUAAGUUACUGUUUGAAUUGUAGCCAAAAUAACCAUUUGUUGCGCAUGAAAAUUCAUUUUAAAGCAAUUUUAAAAUAAAUAAAAUAAAAACUGUAAUAAACGAUACAAGAGAAAAAGAAAACCAAGCCAACGAUCGAAAACAAUCAGCGCUCCAAGUUUGAAAGUGUCAGAACAUGGACUAAAACAAAUGAUGCAGUGUGAAAAUCAUAUGUCGGAUGGCGAGACAACAAGAACAAGACGUUUGCAUGCAACCGCUUAAAAUUAUAUGCUCAAGGUACAACAAGUUGGAAAGAAGACAGAGACACCGGUACAAUUUUACCAUGUAAUGAAUGCACAUCGGGUUCAUUUGUUCAACGUUGUCGAUGGAAAACAAAAAAACAGAGAAACAAAAACGUAGCAAAGAAUGUUUGUAUUGUGUCUUGACUAUGUAUCUGGUGCAGUUUAAAAGCGAACCCUUGAAUUACCUACAAAGAUAGAUUUCGAUGAAUGAAUUGAAAUUGAAUGAACUUGGAAGUGAAUCAGACAAAUAUCACAAACACAAUAAAAGCGCAUACACAACACGAUCGCACACUCUCAUUCAAUACCCGAUUUCAGCAAACACACACAUACAUUCGUAUCUUUCUUUUCCACAGUCAAAUUUUUUCUUUAAUUAGACACAACGAAAAACUAAUCUUACCACGAAGCAAACGUAUAGACGAAAAAUAAAUAAACACACACAAAAUUAGCAGCGGCAACGAAGACGAAAUAGAUAAAAUAAUUUAGAAGCAGCAAACAUUCAACAAACAAUAACACAAUGAGAGAAGAAGAACUGGAGAUAGCAAUUAAGGUUGUCAUCGUGGGCAAUGGUGGUGUUGGCAAAAGCUCGAUGAUCCAACGAUAUUGCAAAGGCAUCUAUACAAAAGACUAUAAAAAGACAAUUGGCGUCGAUUUCUUAGAAAGACAAAUUGAAAUUGAUGGAGAAGAUAUUCGAAUAAUGCUCUGGGACACUGCUGGUCAAGAAGAGUUCGACGCAAUUACCAAAGCAUAUUACCGUGGCGCUCAGGCAUGUGUUUUAGCGUUUAGCACAACCGAUCGAAUGUCAUUUGAAGCAGUCAAAGAAUGGAAGAUGAAGGUUGAAAAUGAAUGUGGUGAAAUUCCAACCGUAAUUGUGCAGAACAAAAUCGAUCUAAUGGAACAAGCUGUGGUUUUACCUGAGGAAGUCGAUCAGUUGGCAAGAAAUUUGGGCUGUCGCCUGAUUCGAACAUCGGUCAAAGAGGACGUAAAUGUAUCAUCGGUUUUUCGCUACUUAGCAACAAAAUGCCAUCAAAUUAUGAUGCAACAAUACAAUGUAGUGCCAGUUGGACAACCAACAAUUAGUGCGUUUAGUCCAACAUUUACGAAAUCAAAGGGAACGAUUAUUUUGAGACCGUCAAAGAAAGCAUCACGUCGGAAAGCUGUACUGAAGAAAUGUAGAAUUUUAUAAAACAAAACAAAAAUCCACUUCGGUCGUGAUAAUAUGACUUGUCAUUUCUUCAAUCAAAAACUGUUAUUCUGCAGAAAGCAUUACUCUCGAAUUAAGAGACGAACUAAUGUAAAAAACAAUAAUUAUAAUGAAAAAUAUUGAAUUUAUAAGAAUGUCAGCGAUGCAAAUGAAAUGUUAAAUGCAUAUAAAUUGGGUUUCAAAAGACCUUUGUAGAUAAAUACUGUUUGUAA